AUGAGCAACUCUGAACACAGCACAUCCAAUGGCGUUGACCCAUUGUCUACACCAGUGAUGAAUCCCAUACGUGAGGAAGCUUCUUCACAAUUUUCUGACCAAUUGUACAAGACUCCAUAUGGUGAAGCUGCUGAUGACAUAUCCUUGUCAGACUCUGCAUCGAAGGCUGGGAAUAGUAUUAACAACAAUACUGAAGCACUGGGUACAAGUACCGGACCAGGUAGAAGCAGGAUAAAAGCUAGAUCCUUACUGAUGUCCCCUACUUUUGCGAGACCAAAUUCGAUGUACUCACAACGUGAUGGUAACAACUCUAGCUCCAGUUUGAUAUAUAACCCUACAUUUACUUUUGGUGGAAAUAAUACUACUACUACAAAUGAACAAGCAUUUCAUCCUGGCAACAAUGUAACUAAGACGCCAGUCCAAGGAGAGAGCCGAAGAAACUCCCUGAAGUACAUUCCCGGUACAAAACUUGCACCACCAACUUCGAGAAAUAGGUCUCCAGUAAGACCAUCAUCACCGGAACAUAAUCAUCUUAAGGUAGGCCCCCCAGGGAAAAGAUCUAGCAUGAUGCUAGAUUCUCCAUUCAACUUUUCCUCUGCCCCAAUCAAACCGCAAUUGCCUAAUGGAUCCCAUCAAACUCCACCUUCUUCUUCCUCUAGGGCUUCGUUUCGUAAAGGUCACAGAUAUAAGCAUUCUUCUGUAUCUAUGAAUUUUUUCCAAGAACCAGAAGUCAAAAUACCACUUAAUAUCUCGAAAUCAUUACCUAUACCAGAUAGCGAAGACCUGAUAAAAAAUUUACCCUGGCCAAAAGCGCACAUACAGCUAAUUAUCUCUCUUAGCCAAUUUAUUCUUUGCAUAGCCGUUUUCUAUCUAGGCAGAAAAAACAACUGGACCAACUUCAUUACAUUUUCUCACUUCAUUGCAUAUGAUAUAAUUGGUGCAUUAGUAACUAUACUAGUUGAGAAUUUAUCUCAGUUUCAAGUAUGGUCUACAGGCACUAUAACUUUCCCAUUUGGCUUGAAUAGAGUUGAUGUCUUACUAAGUUUUGGUCUUGCAGUAUCAUUAUGUUUUGUUGGAUUAGAUCUAGUUUUCCACAUAAUCGAAGAGUCUAUAGUUUUGCUGGUUGAAACUAGAGAUCACUCUUCAGACACUCACUCGGAUAUAGAACAAUCGAUACCUCAUUCCCACCAUGGUAGUUCUGAACCUUUUACUCUAGUUGGGUCAGAUUAUUCUACCUGGUAUCUGACACUUUUAGUGAGCAUUGCUUUAUCCACAUUAUCCCUUUACAAGAUUUAUUAUUCCAAUACAAACAGUAAACUGAAAACAAAAAAUCCUUUAAUUACCAUAUCUUAUGGUUUCUAUCUGAUGGUAUAUCCAGUGCUUGCUAAUCAGUUUUACAAUUUUUCAGAUUAUAUAGCUACAAUUGCUAUAGCAUUCUUUAUCUUGCUCCAUGGUCUUAAGAUCGCUGAAUGGACUGGUGUCAUUUUAUUGAUGGGGCUUUCAACAACGUCAUUACCUCCACUAGCACUCAUUGAUAAAGAUGAAGAAAAUUCGACAGCAUCAACACAAGAAACGGUUAGUGAGAGAAUAUCGUCCCUAAGAAGGAACAGAUCCAAUACUUUAAAUGCCUUUCAAGAAAUUGACGAUAAAACGAGCGGCUCUAGGAUAAAAAAGAUGUUUGGUAUAUUACAUGAACACAAGACAGUAAUUGAGCAUGAUGCAUCCAAGUUUAAGUCAGCAAUAUUUGAAAAACUUGAAAAUCUCCCUGAAUAUAAAGCAAAGUGUAAACUAGAAUAUCAAGAUUUAAUAGUCACAAAGGUAAAUUUCAACUUGUACGUGGUCUUGAUGAAGGUUAACAUGAGAGGUGCUUCUAAUGAUGAAGAGCUACACUUCAGGCUAGCUUUUGAUAAAUGCAUAAAGUCUAUACUGCCUGGAUCAGAAACAACUAUUGAAAUAGAGCGUUUGUAG